CUUAUGCAGUCCUCCUGCAAUGCUAUAUGCUAUUUCCUGUGCACGCAUUGGUGAUUAUAGGAGAUACUGCAAUCCAAUGUGGGUGGUAUGAUCUGGACAGUGGUCUGUUUGAGGGAUUUUGGAGACACUCCAUCGGCUAUUCAUUCCGUUGUGCAGAUGCUCUUCCAGCUGAUUAUACUGAUUUAUGGUAGUCUACAUCUAGCCAGGAUAGUAACCCAAGCUCAACGAGAUCAAAUCAUACCACAACAGUAAGCAACCAAAGCAAGUCACAACGAUCGGCAAA